AUGAGUGUCAAACUUGUACACACUAAACAACGACAAUCAUGUCGAUUUGAUUGGGCUAAAUCGAGAUGGACACGAUGGAUACAGAUACCACUAUUCUUGUGGAUAACGCCUAUUCUUUCCUUAGGCAAUAAACGUACACUUGUCGACGACGAUCUCGACGAUCUUUCAGUUAACGACAAAUGUUCACUCUUGUUAAACAGAGUGAAUCAGUAUGGUCCGAAAUGGCAAGGUACAUGGCAUGUAAUCAAGCGAACAUUUUUUAAAGAUUAUCUAACGAGUAUAUUGAUCGUUUUCCCACUUAUCAUAGCUCGUAUUUCACAACCAUUGCUUGUUCGUCAGAUUGUUCUCUUUAUUAAAGGUCAAUCAGAAGUACCGACUUACGUUGGUUAUCUAUAUGCUAUUGCAAUAUGCAUUUCUGCAAUUUUACAAGCCAUUUGUCAUCAACAAAUCUUCUUUCGAAAUACACGCGUAGGCAUGCGCGUUCGUAAUGCAUUAUCAUCAACUAUCUAUAAACACUUGUUGACCAUAAAUACUGCAGCUCUUCACAAAACUACCGCUGCUCAGACAAUUAAUUUAGUAGCAAAUGACGCUGGCAAAUUUGAAGAAUUAAGUAUGUUCGUGCAUGCUUUAGUGCUGGUACCUGUUGAAAGUGUUAUAACGUUUAGUCUCGUUUGGUGGAACAUCGGUUUACCGACAUUAUUCGGCUAUGCAGUAUUGAUCUUAUUGGUACCAAUACAGCUCAUUUUCAGUAGAAAAUUCAGUCAAUACCGAAAGGGCACAAUGGCAUGUACAGACAAACGUGUUCAAACAAUCAAUGAACUUGUUAAUGGAUGUCAAAUUAUUAAAAUGUACAAUUGGGAAAAAGCAAUGGAAGAACGAGUGCGUGAAACACGUCGACGUGAACUUUCGAACAUUUACAAAGCUACCUCCUUGAGAUCUCUUAAUAUUGCGCUCUCUUUCGCUACGAUACCUUUGAUUUCUCUUGCUACAUUCGGUGGUAGUUGGCUAAUGGGUCAACCUUUGCUUCCAGAAAAUAUUUUCGCAGCACUGGCCUUCUUUGGCAUGAUUCGAGCUCCAAUAACAGUUAUGUUACCGCACGCAAUUGAAAAAUUUAGUGAAGCUCGCGUUUCUGCAAGAAGAAUCGAUCAAUUUAUGCAACUCGACAUGUUGCUGGAUAAACUUGAAAAAGUAGAAAAUGAACGUAGAGAUGAUGUAAUCGUAAUGGAAGAUGCAUCAUUUUCUUGGAAAGAUUCUCUUUCAUUGUUCUCAGUCAAUCUAAAAAUCAGAAGAGGUAACUUGAUUGGAGUGAAAGGUAGUAUUGGUGCCGGUAAGUCAACUCUAUUAGCUGCCAUUCUCGGUGAGAUCAAUCUUGUUAGUGGAAAACUACAACUAUAUAUCGAUUCUAUUUCGUAUGCUCCACAAUCGGCGUGGAUAUUUGCUGACACUAUUCGAGCUAAUAUUCUUCUUGACAAACCAAUGAAUGAAGAACGUUACAAAAAUGUAAUAAAAGCAUGUUGUCUUGAGACUGAUUUAGAGAAUUUCGGUGAAGUUGGUGAUUUAUUAAUGAUUGGUGAUAAAGGUGUCAAUUUGAGUGGAGGACAAAAAGCUCGAAUAUCGCUUGCUCGUGCUCUUUAUGCUGAUGCUGAUUUAUAUUUACUUGACGAUCCACUUGCUGCCGUUGAUCGGAAAGUGGCAAAGAAAAUUUUUGAUCAAUGUAUCGGUCCACGCAGUCUACUUCGUGGAAAAACUCGAAUAUUAGUUACACAUCAGACACAUUUUUUAGUUGAAGCAGAUCAAAUGAUUCUCUUAACGAAUGGUCACAUUGACGAAUUACAUAUUGAACAACCACUUCCAACUGACCCAUCGAAUGAUACAUUAGAAAUAAAUUCAUCUAACGAGAAGGAAACAGAUUGGAAACUUGACACUAAUACAACUGAUAUGAAUUCAAUUAUAAAAAGUGAGACAUCAGUUGAUGGUGGCAUCAAAUGGAAUAUUUGGCUGCAAUUGUUUACUUCACCACCUCUCCGUUGGUUAGGCUUUUUUCUUAUGAUAAUUUUUAUGCUUGCUAAUGAAGCUCUAUACGAUUUUGCAAAUCGUUGGCUCGCUAUAUGGUCUGGUAAAGAUGAAAAUGAACAACGAUCUUCAUUUUAUGCUUACGUCUAUCUUGCAGUUAUAUUUUCUACAUUGAUCAUUGCAUUAAUACGUGUUGGUUUUACUUUCUUUGUCAUGUUAAGUGGAUCGACUUAUUUUCACAAUCGAAUGCUUAACGGUAUGUUAUAUACUUCACUACGUUUUUUUGAAAGUAAUCCAAGUGGACGAAUAUUGAAUCGAGCAAGCAAAGAUCAACAAGUAUUAGAUGAAUCGUUACCUCAGGCUGUGAUUGAUACUAUGCAGAAUCUAUUAAUGACUUUCGGUUCUAUUACAAUCAUUGGAAUAAUCAAUCCAUGGGUACUUCUAAUUCUUAUUCCUUUGGUGCCUACAGUUUUGUGGCUACGUCGAUUUUAUAUGCGUUCGAGUCGUCAACUGAAACGACUCGAAAGUUUAACGCGUAGUCCAUUAUAUGCAUUGUUCUCAUCGUCAUUAGAUGGUCUUACUAGUAUUCGUGCGUUUAACGUUCAAACCAAUUUCUUAAAUAUGUUUUUGGAAAGAAUCGAUGCAAACUCACGAAGUUACUUCGUUCUCUUUACUACUGCACGUUGGUUUGGUUUACGACUCGAUCUUAUCACAUCCUUACUUACUUUGAUUACUGCUGUUCUGGCAGUAGCAUUGCGUGAUCAAAUCGAUCCGUCAGCAGCAGCACUCAGUAUUAGCUAUUGUAUCACUUUAACAGGUCUCUUUCAAUGGGGUAUACGACAAUCAGCUGAAGCUGAAAAUUUUAUGACCAGUGCAGAACGUAUUCAUGAAUAUGGUCAACUAGUGCCAGAAAAUUAUCAGAACAGUAAUAAAAGCGAUGUAUUUCUUCAACCAGCAAAUGAUUGGCCUUCUCGUGGAAUUAUAGAAUUUAAAGACUAUACUUUUCGUUAUCGACCAGAACUCGAUCCUGUACUCAAAAAUCUUAAUCUAAGAAUUGAGCCCAAGGAAAAAAUUGGAAUUAUUGGUCGAACAGGUGCUGGAAAGUCAUCACUUCUUCAAGCUCUAUUCCGACUUGUCGAUCAAUCAGCAAUUAGCGGAAGCAUUCUCAUCGACGGUAUCGAUAUUGGACAUCUUUCACUCGAUUGUCUUCGUUCUCAUUUAAAUGUUAUUCCACAAGUACCUAUACUUUUCUGUGGUACACUUCGAUACAAUAUUGAUCCAUUCGAACAAUUUUCAGAUGAAGAAUGUCUUACAGCACUUGAAGCUGUUCAACUCAAACAAUUGGUAUGCAAUCAUCCUGAUGGACUCCUUCUAACGGUAGCUGAAUCGGGUACUAAUUUGAGUGCUGGUGAACGACAAUUGAUUUGUGUAGCUCGAGCCAUCCUGAAGAAGAGUCGUAUAUUACUUAUUGAUGAGGCUACUGCAAAUGUUGAUUAUACAACCGAUCGGAUGAUUCAAGAGGUUAUUGCUGACAAGUUUCGUGAUCGUACUAUAUUAACGAUUGCACAUCGAUUGAAUACAAUAGCCAAUAGCGAUCGUAUACUUAUGUUACAACAAGGAGAAGUAAUUUAUUUUGAUGUUCCUAAGAAUAUCGAUCUAUUUCAAGGUGAUACACAAAACUAA